GGGUCUCCCCUGGUCUCCCAGGUAUCGUUCAGGUAUCGCUGGGCUUUGCUACACAUCAAGAUGGCAGUAUUGAUGGUCACCGCCAUCGACCAUGCGACAGUACAGGAGGUACAACAUAAAAUCUGGUAUGGUCACCGACAAGAGUAGUCUAAAACUACACAAACCAACCCUCUUACCAACACAAUAUGUCUGAACAACUCUUCAAGUCUUUUGCUAUCAUCGGCGCAGGCCCUAACACUGGGAUUCAUAUCGUGAAGGCUUUCCUUGCCAUUGGCGCCCCAAUUCUCGUCGUCGCACGGCCAGCCUCCACGAACGUCGCUGCGCUCCCUGGCGAUGAUCCUAACCUCAAGGUUGUGCGCGCAGACCAUACGUCUGCAUCCGAGAUCUCCACAGUUCUUCGCGAGCACAAAGUAGAUGUCCUCAUCUCGACUGUCACCCUUGUUUUCGGCGGCGUAGUUGGCCAGAAUGUUCUCGCUGAUGCUGCCAAGGAGGCAGGUGUGAAGCUCUUCGUGCCCAGCGAGUUCGGUAUCAAACCGCAAUUAGCUAAAGGCGGGUUGGCUUUUCAAAAGACCGACUCCGCAGUUUACGCAAAAUCAAUCGGACUACCAACUCUCCGCGUCUUCAACGGAUUGUUUUACGAAUUCGUACCCUGGCUCACCGCGCUCGCUGACACUGGCAAGUUUCAUAUCGUGAACAAAGGAGAAACGCCAGGGUCCUUCACUGCAGUAUCCGAUGUUGCAGGAUACGUGGCUCAUAUCCUUACCAUUCAACCUCCAUCUCGUCUGCUUGAUGUUGAAAUUCACAUCGAGGGCCAACGAGCAACGCUAUCGGAGAUUGGAGCCUUAUAUAAAAGCCGUGCACCUGUGGUACACUGCGAUGCCCUCCCUACGGAAGGUGUGGUGAACGCGCACUUCCGUACGUUCUUCCAGAAGCAUGUUGAGACUGGGGGAGGGAGUUGCGGGUGGAACCCUGUGACGGAGUCUGACGACCCAGAAUCGGCUAGCAGGGAUAACUCACUGUGGGAGGGGCACCGCUGGUUGACUGUUUCGGAGGCUCUUGGGCUGUAACUGGAUUAGAUAGCAUUGACGCUUUAUAUAUCAUGGGGACCAUACGGUAUCUUUGCAACUUAGAUGAAUGAUCAUGCAUUAUUAUGUCCUCCCACCAGCAGUUAACUUAUCGCUAGACAACAGUGUUACUCGAAUGAAGAUAGUGCUGUUGUUCCAUCUUACU